GCCUUACUUCCGGUAUUGUUUUCUCUGCUUUCACAAGAACAUUACGUCAAAAAUGCCAGUUUAUUUGAGUUGCAACACAAUGGAAACAUCGGUAAUAUAUGCUUUGGGCUGAUAUUUAGACUGGAAGAGGACGUAGGUGUGUGGUACUACUGUCAACUGUCACGACACCAAAGGCCUAAUCAUGGACGGGGAUGAACUUUACGAUAUGCACAUGUGCCUAGUGUGUCAAUCCACAGUUGUUGGUCUCAUCAACUAUGUCAACCACAAGAAGUAUGAUUGCCCAGGAAAGCAACAGACCAAUAAUACCAAGCCUCCACAUUCUGGUGUUGUUGAAACAGUUCAACAGAUACAGGUACCAACAGGAUCGAGUGUUUUAGUCCAGAACCAACGUCCUGCUCCAGCAGAUAAUCGCCAUGGUGGCAUACAGAAUGGUGGCAAAGCAGAUGUUGAACUUGGUACAGUUAUCAGUCUACAGGAUCAACCACAAAGUACAGCUAAUAGGAGUUUGACUUUCACAGGGUCAGAUGGAGGUCAUGGAGAAAUUUCAGGAAACAUCAGUCACUGUGGAGGUUUAUCAAAUAUAUCUGAGGCACAAGCUCAGGACUACAGUUCCAGUACAGUGGCUAGAAGUCACAUGACCAGUCUGGCAAUCGCCAAUGUAAUGACCAAAAGCUCUAUUUCAACGACAGUACAACUGGACAUUGGAUCCUCUAAUCAUCUACUUUCAUCUUCAUCAAAUCUCCAUGGAAGUUCGUCUCAGAACCCUGUGUUAGUAGAUACCAGUCUGGAGUAUUCAAGUUUUCGUCCGGAUGCUUUUAGUCCUGGAUCUAGCAGUGCGGUGGACCCCAACAUGAUAAUGAGUUCCAGGACAUCAGGGGAAAGGUCUGAGGACUUCUUUUCCUCUCUUGCCCUACAGAGUAAGAACCAACAGCAGAACACCAUGCUUGGUCAAAGCUUGAGCCACACAGUCACCAGUGGCAACAACGAGAAUCUAACCAAUGACCUGCCUAUAUCAAAUAUCUUGAACAAUCUGAACUUCAGUGAUGAUGAAGACAUGAACUUUUCCUUCUCUGAGGAUGAUUUGUUUGAGGAUGCAUUUUCUGAUUCAGAUUCUGACAAUGGAUGGAGACCCCCACACAAUCACACCAAGGGAAAAUGGAAGCCUGGACAAGGCCCAGUGUCCGGAGGAAAAUGGAAACCAGGUCAAGCUCACCAGCAGACUGGGGGUAAAUGGAAACCUGGUCAAGGUCAUCAGCAGACUGGGGGUAAAUGGAAACCAGGUCAAGGUCCUUACAGUUCAGGGAGUAAAUACAGGCCAGGUCGUUCUACAGGUGGGAAGUGGAAACCAGGUCAGUCUCUGUUACAAAAUAAGUCCACAAAGGCAGACAAGAAAAAGAAAGGGAGACUGAUGGUAAGUGAGAGCCAGAGUCAGCAGGAGUACUUCUGUACAGCUUGUAAUGUAUACUUCAAAAACAGGUUCUCAUACUCUAGUCACUGUACAGGCAAACAACACAAAGAGAACGUUAUCAUUGGUAAGUGUUACGACAAUGACACUGAGGGAGGCUUAGGACUUGGUGAGAGCCUCAAUAUCCCUCAAAUCAAGAGCGUGGAAGAGAACUUCAAAUCUGAUUCUCCGACUACAGAUUCUCAGACAACAGAUUCUCUGGCUAACAAUAAAAUUCCUGAAUACAAAACUACUGGUCUGCCAGUAGAUAAUGUUAACCAGGAGAAUGAGGAUGAGGCAUCUAGUCCAGGAGUUACCAUGGAGGAAAACAUCUGUCAUGGAGAAACAGAGCAUCAAGCUGUUAAUGAAGAGGAGGAUGAAAACACCAUGUCUUUGAACAUGUCACCCCAGGAUAGGUUAAAAACAAAUAAGACUGUUGUUGAUAUUGAUGAUAAUGAUGCAGAUGACAGCAAUGAUGAAGAUGGUGAUGAAGCAGAGAACGAUGAUCAGCAUCAGGAGGACCCAGAGCCAAUCAAUCUACCCUCGGAGGUCCUGGUGUGUUGGAUCUGUGAUAAAAAGUUCUACAGCAAGUACGUGUUGGCCCGUCACAUGUUGUCAACCUACCACAGGAAUCGUACAAAGGGCCACCCUGACACUCUACGCGUGUUGGAACAGUACAACAAGUACAUUGUAAGGCUCAGUCCCUUCCAGUGUAGCCCCUGUCAGUUCUACUUCAACAGGGAUGAAGAUUUACGAAAUCAUCUGACUACUGCACAACACAUCAAACUCAUCAAAAAACUCAGUGGGCAACUAAUUUGUACUCUGUGUAAGUUUGUCAGUCGUGACAAUGAUGCCGUUCGGGAUCACAUGGAUUCAAGGCAGUCACACAUAGAGGGACUUAAGACAGGAAUCAAACCCUGUAUUAUAAAGGAGAAAUUUCAGGGUGUCCAAUGUAAAUACUGCAAAAAGAUCACUCACUCACGUACACACAUGAAACGCCAUGUACAUUACAAACAUGCAGCCGAACUGAAUCGGAAAAGUUACAAGUUGGAAAAGAAUGGAAAGUUUAGAUGCUGUGAAUGUUCUAAAAUGUUUAAAACAUAUAAGGUGUUGAACUUACACAUUAGUAGGCAGCAUAACAUGUGCAGUGAAAAUUAUUGUGAUAUCUGCAAUAAAACACUUGGGGACAAAUACUCUUACGACCGCCACCUACAGGGGGACAAACACCUCAGGAAUGAGCAGAGCCAACAGUACCAACCCUCAGCUAGCAAGAGGGUCAAUCAAUUUGAGGUUGUGAAUUCAAGUGAAGCAGCCAACAAUGCUGUAGCAGGUCUAAAGCGUAGUGUUAAGCUUAUCAUACGAACACUGCCAGCAAAGAGGAUACGCAAGAACAGGAAGAAGACAGAGAACAAGAUCUACAAGUGUGAUCACUGCGAGCACAGUGUGACAAAGUAUUCAGAUCUACGGCCUCACUACAUUGAUGUGCACUCCAACCACAUUCUGGUAUGUGACAUCUGUGACAUGACUUUCAUCAGCCAAAAGGCCCUCAAACAUCACAACCAGAGCAAGCUGCACCAGGCUAACCUUGAGGAGGUGGAGGGCAAGAACACCCAGAAUAUAUACCAGUGUGACGUAUGUAAACACCGCUUUACUGAGGAGGGCUGGAAACAGUUUCAUAUGGAGGUCUACCAUCUCCACCCAAACUCAGAGGAAGCUCUACAGAAAAAGAUCGGUGGCAUAGACAUUACGAGUAAGGUGUAUGCAGACUAUCUAAAGAGUGUGAAGCACUUAGACAGAGCAGAAAAGGUCAAUUGUCCGGUGUGUGAUAAAAGUCUUAAAAAGGAGCAUGUACUAGAACAUUUACGUCUCCACACAGGAAAUAAACCGUUCAUGUGUCGCUACUGCAACUUUGGUUUCAUCUCAGCACUGUCGCUACGACGCCACCUGUUGGGUCACAUGGGCCUUACCGAGAGAAAAUGUGAGGAAUGUGGGAAGGAGUACAAAAAAAUAUCUUCAUAUAAAGAGCACAUGCUACAACAUGAAAUGGAGAAAGCUGGCAAACAGAAAUUCAUGUGUGAUAUCUGUGGUCAGGCAUUCUACCUGCAGAAACAGCUCAAUAAUCACAUGCGCCGACAUGGGGAGCGGAAAUUUAAGUGUUCGUUUGAUAAUUGUCACUGGAGUUUCUACUUUUCCAAUGAACUAGAGUCACACAUGAGAUCCCAUACAAGAGAAAAACCAUUUCUGUGUGAUAUUUGUGGUUAUGCUGCUGCCACCAAAAAUCGUCUGCUUCGCCACUCCAGGACCCACACUGGGGAGAGAAAGUUUCAUUGCGAGUACUGUACCUAUAAGGCUGGUACAAGUACACAUUUACGGCGUCAUAUGAGGAUUCACAUUGGAUCCAAGCCAUACAAGUGCCCUUACUGUGACUACUCUUGUAACACUCAUGAAAACAUACGUAAACAUAUUGUCAAAACUAAAAAACAUGCAGGACUCAGUAUCUACCCAUGCAAGUUCUGUCCUUUUGGAACAAAUAAGGUCACAGAGUUCAGAGAGCAUUUAGUAGAUAGUCACCCAAACGAAGUAGAAGGAAGUGUGUUUGAUGGUCUGGCAGAAAUGACAGGUCUUUAUAACAAGGAACAGGACCCUAGGAAGCCAUCAGAAGGCAUGAGGAUCAAUCCAAUCAAAGAGAGGAAGGUCAGGCUACAGAAGAAACAAUUUGGUGUAAAAAAACGAGAAAAUACUGAAACUUCAGGAAAAAUCCAACAGAAGGUUCGUUCAGAGUAUGUUAGUCUUCCCGAUUCAAUGAUGGUCGCUGAGCAACACAAGAUACCCAGUCAUCUCAAUCCAAUUUGGCAUGACCAAAUUGAAAAGGAGGCUCGGGAUGCUGCAGCUAUUUUGGUGUCUGCUGGCAAUGCUGGUGCAUCUGGACUUCAUCCCCAUCACCACACAACAGCCCUGCAUGGUUCACUGGGACUGAUGUCGGCAUACAACUAUUACCCUGAGGCUCUUACAGGGAGGGGAAAGGUGGACAGUCCUUAUGUACCUAAUGGUUCCACAACCAACCUGAUAAGGAUGGACCCUCAUGCCAGUCUGCAAAACCAUGGCCACCAGCAGUGUGACAGACCUGAUCUCAUCAUAGAUUACCUUGAAAUGGAGGUCCAGGACACCUAGCCAUAAAGUUGAGGAGAUUAUCCCACUUAUCUGGAAACCAAGAUCAAGGACAUGUAGUCAAUGCUGACUUAGUAUCUUCACAGGAAACUAGGCAAACUGUUGAUUAUAGUUACCUCCCUUAUCUAGAAAUUGAGGUCCAGAACAUAUAGUCAAUAUUGACUUGGGUAUCCCCACGGAAAUAUAGGCACGUGUUGGUUAGGGUCACUUCCUAAGCUGGAAAUGGAGGUCACAUGGAUUGUGUUCAGGAUCGAUAUCAUAGAAUUUAUGUAGAUGUUUUAUAUACAAGAUGGUCUUGCAUAUCCUGCACAACUUGUAGACUUAAUAUGGUGGCACUGGGGCAAUGAUAAAAGUUUAUUAUGUUUUUCUUGCAUAGGAAUAGGCAAAUUUCAAGCAUAAAAAAACAUGAAAAAAAAAAAAUCAAAUCUUCUCAAGGUUUAAAAAUCUGGAAAUAUAGUUUCUAUAUUCUGAUAUUCAUAUUUUGAGCACAAUGAACUACUUCUAGCAUUGAUAAGAAAUACUGAAUAAUUUUACUCUAUAUAAAACUACAGUCUAUAUAGACUGCAAUUCAGAAUGAAAUAUUUUAAGUAGAUCUAUGUAGGCUGUGAUCUGAAUGCAAACCUAUCCAUAGAGUUUGACAGCGUUAUACCCCAAACCCUAUAGCUACCUAUUAAUGGCACAAUUGUGGAUAUUGCACAAUAGUCGGUGAAACAGGGGUUUCUCCCCCUCUAGAAAUGAUACUAAGGACUACUUGCUGUUGUCAGCAAUACAUUCUAUAGCACCCGGAAGUAAAGGUCUAAUACCGCUGAUCAUAGUGUCCAGCAUGCUAUUGUAGAUGGAAUUGAAGGUCAAAGGUCACCUUGACAUAGUGUUGAUUGGUUGUUUCCUUUACUGAGGAUAUGUUUAGAAAGGUAAAAGUUUUGCAAGGUGUUCAUUUAUAUGAUCGUCUUUAAAAAUACACAUUUUGUGCAAUAAUGUUAAUCAGUAUUGUUAAUAUAGUUAAAUGAGGGAGACAUCCCACUUCAAAAUAGCCAUAUCAUCUGAUAUAAAUUGAUUGACUUAAAGGAAAACACUUGAAAUAUUCCUAAACAUUUUUCUUGCUGAUGACAGCCCUACCUGGUAAUUGACAUUCAGGACACCUGAUCACGAUGUCAAGUAGGAUGGACAUCUAGCUGUAGAGUUAUCUUCAUUGGACGUUAUUCUGAUUCAAAUCAUGAUAGAUAUACCUGUAUUUAAAAAUUAAAUAUUAAAUUUUCAGGAUCAGAAGUUUUUGAAUAAUUGAAAAA